AUGAGUGUGAGACGUAAUAGCCGCCGCUCUGUACGAGACACGAACAAGAUUGAGUUGUCUCCGAAUCGCAUGGGUACCUUGCAGUGUCGUCGAUUGCAGGAGCUCUUCUUGGAGGAAGACGACGACGACGACGACUCUGCUACAGACAGCAAUCGAGUACGACAAGUGGAGAAAUUCCGCUUGGAACGUGUCUUUUGCGCUCCCCAGAUAUACGUGGUGGACAAUUUCUUGAGUGCGUCGGAACUGGAGUACUUUUACAGUUACAUUGAGCGAAUGCAGGAGAGUUUUGAACGCAGUUUUGUGGAUGCUUCUUCGACCAGCGACACUGUGUUGGAUGAUUCUCAUCGCACGUCGACCUUUGUGGGAAUUCCCAAACAAGAAAACAAAACGAUCAGUACCAUUGAAAGUCGUGCCGCCAAUCUCUUGGGUUGCUACAGCACGGAAACUGUGGAGCCACUCCAGUUGGUUCGCUAUAAAGUGGGAGAGUUCUUUGGGGUGCAUCACGACACGGGAGACUACAAUGAAGAGACUGGACAAGUGGCACUGCCGCCUAAGACUGUAUUGGCCAAACGACGGAUUGUCACCAUUUUCUGCUAUCUCAAUACACUGCCAGAAAAGGCAGGUGGGGCCACCAUGUUUCCACAAUGUGGUGACCUGCGAGUCCAACCCAAGGCGGGAAGGGCGGUUCUAUUUCCAAAUAUUACAGCGGAAGGAUUGCCAGAUCCACGGACUGUUCAUGCUGGGGAAGCCGUCAAGAAGAUGCCCAAGAAACCCAAUAAAUCAAGUGGCAAAGCAGAAGAAAGCAAGAAAAAGAAACGCAAAACAACCAACAGUCGUUUCUUUUCCAAACGAAACCCUGUCAAGUACGGCCUCAACAUUUGGUUGACCGAAUCAUAG